AUGGAUUUUGAUUUUAUCGAAGCUCAAAACUCAUUUUAGUUCCUCUAAGAGUAAAAAAAGUUGCCAAUUAAAAUGUCUCAUAAACUUGAGCUUCUUCUAGAGUGCAUCAAUAGCUAAGAUAUUGACACUUCAAUUUUCCAUUCAUUAGAUUUAGAAGAGUGCCAUGCUUUGAUGAAGUUGAAUAAACAAGCGCAAAAGGAGAUGUUUAUGUAGAUCAUCAAAGGAUAUGCAUAUGUAUUUUCUAAUUUAUUUAUUCAAGGCCAACAUGAUACCAUCAGCAAUUGGAGAAAUUAAAGGAAUUAUUGAUGUAAGGACAAAGGUGUUGAAAAGUUGGAAAUAAAAAUAGUUUAAGAUAGACUCUAAAUAAAGAACUUUUGAAAUUUUAAGAAAAAAGAGCAGCAAAAAGAAACCACGAAUUAUCUACCUCUAAUAUUAUACUGUAUAGCCUUAAGAAUUCAAAGAUAAGCGUUAUCGGUUCGUUAUUAUAGCCAAUUCUGAUGGUCAUGGUUAUUACAAAACAUUGGUUUGUGGAUCUGAUGAUAAAGCCCUCUAUGACAAGGUGAUAUAGGCACUUAAGACAAUAUCAUAGUUUACAGACCAUGUAAUGAGGGGAUCUAUCCUACUUGAAUCGAAUGAUUUUAAUCAGCCUAGAUCUAAUACCAAUUAACAAUCCUUCGUUACAACUAGGCAAGAUAUGAGAUUAGUGACUUAAUCAGAAAUUAUUCCACAAAAAUAAAAUACAAAUAUUAAAAUCACAAAGUAAACUUUUGAUUCAGAUAUAAAACCCAAUCAAUUAUAAUAACAAAAAUAAUAAUAACAAAAUCUACCUCAAAAUAUCUAACAACAAUCCAACAUCAGUUAAUAAAUUGUAUAGAAUGAUUCUCCUGCCAAACUUUAGCAACAGAACUAAUAAAUAUAAUAAUAAUAAUCAUAACCUGCAUUCAAUAAUUAGCAGUAGUAUCCAUAAUAAUAGUAAUCACAAUAAUAAUAACAAUAAUAAUCAUAUCAAUAGUAACAAUAAUAAUAACAAUAAUAACAAUAAUAAUACCAAUAACAAUAACAAUAAUAAUAACAACAACAAUAACAAUUAUAAUCCUAAUAAUAUCAAUAAUCAUAACAAUAAUAAUUAUUACAAUAACAACAAUAGUAAUAACAAUAAUUAUAAUAACCUUAACAAUAGCAAUAUUAAUAAUUACAAUAAUAAUAGUAGUAAUAAUAAUAAUAAUAAUAAUAAUAAUAAUAAUAAUAAUAAUAAUAAUAAUAAUAAUAAUAAUAAUAAUAGCAAUAACAGUAAUAAUAAUAAUUACAAUAUUAACAAUAAUAAUUAUAAUUAUAAUAACAAUAAUAAUAUUAGUAAUAAUAAUUGUUAUUAUAAUAAUAGUAACAAUAAAAAUUUCAUGAGGAAUAAUACAAAUUGCAAUAGGAAUAAUUACUUUAACAAUAAAAAAUUGAUUAAUAAAGAUAAUAAUAAGAAUUAUUAAACUAAUAAUUGUUAUAACAAGAGCAGUAAUAAAAGAUUUAGUCAUAAGUAGAUAUGCUAUAAAAAAAUGAAGCUAAUUUAGUAAAAAAUGAAUUGAAGUAUCCAUAAGUAUUUCAAGUAUUAUUUGAAGAAGGCAAAUUUAAUCCUGAUUAUUUUGUUUAAUCAACUAAAUAAUUUACUCAAGUUUAUUCAAAAGAUGGUGUUUAAAUUUUAAAAGACUAAAAUAAUUCUCUCUGCUUCAGAUCAUCAUUAACCAUAUAUAAUGGAGAUAUGGAGAAGGUAUUCCAAUGUUUAGCUGAAAUUGAUUUUGUAAAAAAAUGGAAUGCUGUCAUUAAUCCUAAUGAAACUAAAUUAUUAAAUAUGAUGUAGAGUGAGAAUUGUGGAAUAAUUUAUGAAAGACAUAAGCCAUAUGGUUUGCUUUAUUUGCCCCGAGAUUUUGUUUAUCUUAGAUAUGUUACAUACAGAGGAGAUGAUAUUCUAAUUGUGGAUAAAUCAAUAGAGAAUGAAGAUGCCCCACCAUAUAUGAAAGUAAUUAGAGGAGAAAUUAAUUACUAACUAACAGAGAUAGUGAAAAGUGAAAAUAAUAUUAUAGUAAGAAUUGAGUCAGAAAUAACAAAUGGGGGUUUAUCAUCUGUAAAUUAGGACUGUGCGAUUACUUAAUGGUAUCUAAGUGAGCUUUCACACUUUCAGCAAUUUUUAAAGACUUACUCUGCUGUUUAAGAGAUAAUACAAUCCCCUCUUUUAUAAGUAUUAAAUAGAACAAAAGUUAAUAAAUAAAAAGAAAAUAUAAUAAUAGAUUUAGGAGUGACUAAUAUUCAUUAAUAAUAAUAAGUUUAGCCUCCAUAAUAAUUAUAAUAACCAACUAAUUUUUAAUAAUAAUAGUAAUAAUAAUAAUAAUAAGAAUAUUUGAGCAUUUAAUAGCAACAAUAAGUAUUCAAACAAGAAGUUUACUAACCUUCUCCUAUAACUGUAGCAUAUGAAGAAUAGUUCACAUUUGAUAAAAUCAAUGAAACCCAAACUAUAACUUUGGAUUAGCUCCCAAUAAUUGCUACAGUUCCAGAGACUGCUCCAGUGAUCAUUGAAAAUCAUAAAGAAAUAAAUGAGAUCUAAUAAUACAAUAAAGAUAUAGAGGAUGCUGAUUUAAGUAAUUACACCCCGAGUGAUUUUAUUUAAUAGACAUUACCAGAAUUAUCAGAUAAGGAGACUGGUUAAGUUAAAUAAAUGAUAAAGAAUAUUGAACAAGGUUUGUAUGAUUAUACUGCAAACUGUAUCAAUCAUAAAUAUGUUACUGAACCUUAGAAGGUCAAAGACGAAUAUAUUACUUAAAUAAAUGAAGGACAUUACUUUUUAAGAUAAGAUUGGAAAAGAGAUAUGAAACAUGGGGGAAUGAUUUUCUAUAAUUAGAAGAAAAUAGAGGCUUAAAAACGAGUUAUUAAAUUUAUGUUAAAAUCGAUAGGAUCAAAUCUACUAUCUGGGAAAUCAAUUCUAAAUAUAUCAUUACCGGUAGAAGUAUUUGAAAGUAGAUCUAAUUUAGAGAGGUUUUGUUAUUCAUUUACAUUUGCUCCUUAAAUCUUGGAGAAGGCAGCUAAAAUUGAUAACAUAAUAGAAUAAAUGAAGUAUACAAUUGCAUUUGGAUGCAGUAUAAAUUAAUUAUAUUUUUAGGUUCAAUUAUAAUGUAUAUGUCUUUAGAGAAACCAUUUAAUCCUAUUUUGGGAGAAACCUAUUAAGGUUUCAUUAAUGGAUGCCCUGUUUAUGCUGAAUAGGUGAGUCAUCAUCCACCAAUAAGUGCCUUUUAAUUGAAAGGUAGAGGAUACGAUAUAGAUGGACAUAUUGAAUCAGCAGCCAGCAUGCAUGCAAAUAGUGUCACGGGGAAAAACAUAGGAUAUAUUAGAGUAACUUACCACAAUACACGUUCAAAGCAAAUAUUUAUUCAAUGUCCAGGAGUAUUAACUGGAACUGCAUUUGGAACAAGAGUAUUUAAUAUAAAUGGAAGAUCAUAUACAAUAGAUUUAGUAAUUACAAUUUAUGAUUUAAGGAAAAUAACUUGAUUGCAGAUAUGGCAUUUAAUCCUGGAAGCAAGAAUGUAUUCAACAAGAAAGAUUUAUUGUAAGAUCAAUUCAUUGGUUAUUUGUACAAAGUAAAACCUGGAGUUUUAAAUAAAUUUAAAAAGGAAGGAUAUGCAAAAUAUUCUGGAAUAGAUUUUGAUAAAGAUGUUGAAUAAAGAGUAAUAGAUUUAAUAAUAUUCUAGUAUUUUUCAAUCAAUGGUAUUUGGAAUUAAAUGGUUGAAUUUGAUGGGGUUAAAUUAUUUGAUACGUUAGAGAUGAAUCCUCAUGUGAUGGUCAAUCAUCCAUGUCCUUUGCCAUCAGACUCAAAUUUUAGAUUGGACAUACUUUAUUGGAAAUUGAGGGAUUUUAAUAAUUCUCAAAGAACUAAGGAGAUGUAUGAAGUGAAGCAAAGAAAUGAUAGAAAAUGUAGAGAGAAACUUACAGGUAAGAAACAUUGAGUUUUGUAUUGU